UGCUUCAUCAGUUAUGGUUGCUAAUUGAACUCCAUCUGCCCCAAGAGAAUGGACAGAAGGCUUUACGAGACCUGCAUCAAGGGCUCUGUUGAAGCAUUGGAUGAGUUAGUCAGGGAAGAUGAGCUCAUAAUCGAUCAAGUGACGGGCCAUUUCCUGCAGACGCCAUUACACCUUGCUGCUCAAUUUGGUCAUGUCAAGUUGGUGGCGGCAAUCCUCAGGCUCCGGCCGACGAUGGUGGGUGCAGAGAAUUGGAAGAUGGCGACUCCAAUACAUGAGGCGUGCCAGCACGGGAAUGCAGAAAUAUUGAGCCUACUGCUGGACAAAGGUCGUUGGGCAGCUAGCAAGGUCAACAGUGAGAACGAGACCCCUCUCUUACUGGCAUGUCGUUGGGGACGUCUUGACGUGGUGAGAGUGCUUCUGAACGAGUCAGUGCUGCUGGUCUCGGAGUUUGAGGGUUCUUCAACUUGCCUGCAUCUUGCAGCUUCUGGAGGCUACACAGAAAUCGUGCGGGAGAUCCUCAAAGCGAGGCCCCAUUUUGCGUCGAGAUUGGACGAAAGCGGGAUGUCUCCAUUGCAUCUUUCUUCGAGGAAGGGGCACGUAGGAGCAACAAGUGAGCUGGUGAGGUUCGAUUCUGAUCUCUCACUUGUAACUGAUAAGGAGGGAUGGACUGCCUUGCACAUGGCGGCCACCAAAGGAUCGGUGGCCAUCUUGUCUGAGAUCCUGUCCGCGAGUAGGGAGUCUAUGGCCAUGCUCACCAGCGCUGGCGAUAGCGUGCUUCAUCUGGGCGUCAAGAACAACCGCGUGGACAUGGUGAAGUAUGUGGUGGAGAACAUGGAUGUCUCGGAGAUUCUUAACAUGCCUGAUCGUGGAGGCAACACCAUUUUACACCUUGCAGUUGCUGCAAAACUUCCUCAAAUGGUGAAGUACAUAGUUAGCAAGACACGGAUUGAUAUCAACAUGGUCAAUCUGGAUGGCCUCACUGCUCUUGACAUGGUGGGAGAUGGAGGCACAGAUGAUAAGGCAGACCAAAUGCGAACUGCACUUGAAAACGCCGGUGCCAAACAUUCCAGGGAACUUCCACAGGCCUCAACGCCGAACAUGCAGAGAACAGAAAUGGCGGGGGAGAAGAUCCCAAGUCCAUGCCACAGCCCUCCGCCAGAGCUGCAGAAUAUAGCAACCCCAAAGGAGCUGGGAAUCUCCAGCCCUAGAGGCAGAUCGGCUUCGCCGGUGCCUUCCUGGUCCCAGCACCAGCAGCGGCCGAGGUUGAGGGAGAGUCACCUAAAGAACCACAGUGAAGGCCUAAGGAACUCACGCAAUACAAUUACAGUGGUGGCGGUCCUCAUCGCCACGGUGACUUUUGCGGCCGUGAUCAGCCCUCCCGGCGGGGUAUACGACCAAGGCGAGUUGGCCGGAAAGGCCAUCAUGGCUACCACAAAGGGCUUCAAGAUAUUCAUGGUCUGCAAUGACUUGGCCCUUUUCUCAUCACUCAGCACUGUCAUCAUCCUCAUCAGCAUUGUGCCCUUCCAGCGGCGCGUGCUGACGAAGCUCCUCUCAGUGACCCAGAGGGUGACGUGGGCAUCCGUCACCUUCAUGGUGAUGGCUUACAUGGCAGCCACGUGUGUGAUCUUGCCACGUGGACACAGCAGCAAGGGGAUGUUGGUGGCUGUUUACUCCAUAGGAUGGGGCACAAUGGGGCCUGUGUUUGUGGGGCUGUUUGUGUUGCUGGUUAGGCACCGGAUACGGAAGGAGGAAUUCAAGAAAGGGAAGAUGUGGAAGAGCCGCCGCAGCCGGCCAUCGAGCCAGCGUAUCUCUGAUGUGGAGGAGGCUCGCCGGCCAUCGAGCCAGCGUAUCUCUGAUGUGGAGGAGGCUCGCCGGCCAUCGAGCCAGCGUAUCUCUGAUGUGGAGGCUCGCCGGCCAUCGAGCCAUCGCCGGUGCACCUGUGGCAUAGAGGCACAUGCCAAUUCAAGUGACAAAUUAUUGGCUCGCCAGCCGAAGAUGGCGAGAGAUCGCCGGCGUAUCUACGACGUACACGCACAUACCAAUUCAAGUGGUGCUGAAUCAUUUAACUCCGAUGUCUAUAGCUCGGAGUGCGAUGGAUAUAGCGUACACUAGCUCCAGCACACCUGCGCAUCAUGUUGCUGAUGUUUUAGCAGUGUAAACUCUUGUCAAGACCAUUUGGUACGCUACCAUUCAUUCUUCUUGUUAAUCCAUAAAAUAAAAUCGCAACUUGAUUCUAGUUCAA